CUUGUGAAUCAGACAUGACUCUGCUUGACUGUGGCGGAGCCAGAAUCUCUGGGUGCUGGUCGCUGAGGGGGAGCGGCGAGGACUCGUUGGACCGGCUCCUGCCGCAUGCCGGGGCCCCCCGCAGGAGAAGCACCACCUCCCUGAGUAAAACAGAACCUCCCCUGCUCCGCACCGGCACACGCACCAUCUACACUGCUGGACGCCCUCCCUGGUAUGACGAGCAUGGGGCUCAGUCAAAGGAGGCCUUCGUCAUAGGGUUGUGUGGGGGCACAGCUUCAGGGAAGACCACCGUGGCCACUAAUAUCAUUGAGGCCUUGGACGUGCCGUGGGUUGUGCUGUUGUCCAUGGACUCAUUCUACAAGGGUUUGUCCCCCGAGGAGCAGGUCCUGGCAGCAAACAACGACUACAACUUUGACCAUCCAGGAGCAUUCGACUUCCAGCUGCUGGUCGCCACGCUGAGAAAACUGAAGCAGGGGAAGAGUGUGAAGAUCCCCGUGUAUGAUUUCACCACGCACAGGAGGCAGAAAGACUGGAAAAACGUGUAUGGAGCCAGUGUUAUCGUUCUGGAAGGAAUUAUGGCUUUUGCAGACAAAGAGCUGCUUCAGCUCCUGGAUAUGAAGAUCUUUGUGGACACAGACUCAGACAUCCGACUGGUGCGCCGCCUCCGCAGGGACAUCACGGAGCGCGGGCGGGACAUCGAAGGCGUCAUCAAGCAGUACAACAAGUUUGUGAAGCCGGCCUUUGAGCAGUACAUCGAACCAACCAUGAGACUGGCUGAUAUCGUGGUGCCAAGAGGUGGGGGGAACAUGGUGGCCAUUGAUCUGAUCGUUCAGCAUGUCCACAGCCAGCUGGAGGAGCGUGAGCUCAGUGUCAGGGCGCUCCUGGCCUCCGUCCAGCAGACGCAGCCGCUGCCGCAGACUCUCAGCGUGCUGGAGAGCGUGCCGCAGGUCCGAGGUCUGCACACCAUCAUCAGGAACAGAGAAACCAGCCGAGACGAGUUCAUCUUCUACUCAAAGAGACUGAUGCGUCUUCUCAUCGAGCACGCUCUGACGUUUCUACCCUCUCAGCCAUGUGUGGUUCAGACUCCACAGGGCCAUGAGUACGGGGGCCGCAGCUACAACGGAAAAGGGAUCACUGGCGUGUCCAUUCUGAGGGCCGGGGAGACCAUGGAGCCCGCCCUGAGGGCUGUGUGCAAAGAUGUCCGCAUUGGCAAGAUCCUGAUCCAGACCAACCUGGACUCAGGAGAACCUGAGUUGCAUUACCUGCGUCUGCCCAGAGACAUCAGUGAAGAUCAUGUCAUCCUGAUGGACAGCACCGUCUCCACCGGCGCCGCUGCCAUGAUGGCCAUACGUGUCCUGCUGGAUCACGAGGUGCAGGAAGACAACAUUAUGUUGGUGUCUCUGCUGAUGGCUGAACUCGGGGUGCACUCUGUGGCCUACGCCUUCCCAAAGGUCCAAAUCAUUACGACCGCUGUGGACAAGAGCCUGGACGACUUCUUCCAUGCAGUUCCUGGUAUUGGGGACUUUGGCGACCGGUACUUCGGUACAGACGGGUCUGACAGCUGGAGUGACGGCGAGGACCAGGAGCAGCCAUUGUCCUGAGUUCAAAAACAGAAACUAAACCAAACUGGUUGUUGCACAUCCUCCUCUUCAGG